AAGGGAAGGGGAGUGGAUAAAGUCUCAUGUCUUUUUCACUUUAAAGUAGUGAUGAGAGACAGAAGUCUCAGGAAGCGCAUCCAUGUUUCUCCGUGCCCAUAGAGGUACAUCACUUUCAAUCACUUCUCUGUAACUUCACUGCUCAUCCGGGGGAGAACACCUUUUCCUUUUAUCUUUUCCAACACAAUUGGUGUGAUUCCGAGAACAUCUUCCUGAUUCAAGUCAAUAGUUCCAUCGCCCUUGUAAAUCCACGUUGUCAGAGAAGCUUUAUUAAUUCACAAAUCGGUGAUUCUGAUAUUGAGAUUAUGCUGCAAUGGAUGGAGGGAAUAUUGCCGUAUUGCAACAAUGAUCAAGAUGCCAAAUUUCGGAUCACAUACAGAAUGUAGGUUCUUGCUGCAAUUGGGUAAGUUCGUCAUACAUGUUCGGGGUAUACCCUAAUUUUUUGUCGCCAUAUCAAGCAGCACUGAACACAUAGAAAUCUCGAGGAAACGUGCGUCGUUUGAAGAACAGGCCUAUCGUCCCGUGUUUUUAAACAGAGUGCUGUAGGAUACGAGGGCUACGCACUUUGGGGCUGCAUACACUCCACUCCCUCUAGCAAUCAAGCACAAGUUUCAGAUGGCAAUUGGUGAUUCCGGUGGCCAUGAUGACGAAUCUGAAUCGGUAGUGACUUCCGCCCAGCAGCUGCUGGACUUCGACUGGAAGCUCAGGUACGUCGUGUGCAGUGCAACAAUGGCAACGGUGAAUCGACCACUUUUGAGGCUGGAGCUGGCAGUUUCUAGCGCCCCCGUCAGGGUGGAGAAUGUGCCCUACUUCAGAAAGGAGAGCAUGGAAGAGAAAGCCCAGAUUGCUGUUGCCGAGUACACAAAGACGGAGCUGGAUAAUUUGAUAUCUCAGAUGGAGGCCAUCAGUCAGGCCAUGGAGAGCAUGCAACCGAGCUUUUAGGCUUUGACGGAAGAACCUAGCUCCCAGGCGAUCAUACAACCCUCCCAUGGGGGGGCUCUGGAGGCUCUUUGCUUAAAAUUGAGCAUUUCCUUGAAGACAUGGAAUGGAAGACACACACUUUCAGUCACAGCUGAUCGAGCUGAUUCAGUGGAUGAGAACACAUGGAAACCCUUCAUUGUUGCAACUGUUGCUUCACUUGAGCGAUGGAGCAGCUAGCUACGUGGUGGUUGUUUUACGUCUUCAGUAAUGGGUAGAGGCCGCUAACUUCCACCAUUGUCCCUGCACACCACACUCACUGGGACUGCUUAAAUAAUGUGCAGAGCUUUUUAUGUAAAUAAAGGUGGAAUAAAUUGCGUCGCGAUU